AUGCCGCAGCUCCCAACUGAGGACCGGCAGGACGCGAAGAAGGUCAAGGACGCCCUGAGGACGGCAUUCGUUGUCGACAAGUUCGUGGCCUACGAGCUGUUCACCGCGCGCCGGCUAAGGGCAGGUGGGACGGGUGACGUCUACCUGGCCGAUCUGCAGCGGUUGGCGUCGGUGUUCGGCGGCCUCAGCGACGAGGGUCUACCAAGCAGGCAUUUGUCAACAAACGAGGUGGGGCCGCGUGCGCUGCAGCCGCCGCCAGCCGACGUGAACGCGCAGCUGGGCUCGAGCAGCGCCGAGCGGCCGAGCAGCGCCAGUAGCGGUGCCGACAGCCCGGCCGUCGUCACCACCACGCUCGUGGCUGCGCCCUACAUCACCGUUACAGGGGACGCCGGCGGCUCGCGCUCGUUCGCGCCGCUCACCCCGGUCAACCCCUCGUCAGCUGUUGUUAGCGAAGGCGGCACGGUGGCGGCCUCGGAGACGGCCGUGGCGGCCGGGGUGGGCUCCACCUACGUCCAGCAACAGUAUGUAGACAGCUCGCCGGAGGCCGGCCUCUACGCCACCACCACUAACGGACAGAUGGCCUACCCCGCCGUGUACGCUAUCAACGACGGCACCGUCACCAUGUACACCGGUGAUGGUACAUUCUACACCAACGGCACACAGGGCCAGCCGGUGGCGACCCAGGGCCAGCUGCUGUCCGGCAACACGUACAUGAUUCACCAGCCGCGCGUCGAGGGCGCGGACGGCCACCCGCUGAUGAACAACGCGCGCGGCAGCCAGCAGACGGAGCAGGGCGGCGAGCAGCCGGCCGGCGCUGAGCAGACGGUCACCUACAUGAUGACGGCGGCCAGCGCGCCGCCGGCGCCGCCCACCUCCGAGCCGUCCGACCCGCUGGCGCAGGCCACGCGCGUUUCGCCGGCCACGUCGUAUGACGCGAAUUGUGUACAAUGGCUCAAUGACAACUACGAGGUGGCAGAGGGCGUAAGCCUGCCGCGCUCCACCCUGUACAGCCACUACCUGCGACACUGCGCCGACAACAAGCUGGACCCCGUCAACGCCGCAUCUUUCGGGAAGCUGAUCCGCCAGGUGUUCUACGGCCUGCGCACGCGCCGACUAGGCACGCGCGGAAACUCCAAAUACCACUACUACGGCAUCCGGGUGAAGCCGGACUCUCCGCUGAACAACCUGUCUGACGAGGUGGCGCUGGCCAGCCGCCAGGCUGGCGGACACGGCAAGCGCCCCAAGCGCGACGACUACCAGGAGAACAGCAUCGACAUGCACCAGACGCAGCAGUACCUGGGCGACUCGUCGAGUGCGGUGCCGAUCGUACCGGACAUCGACCUGACGGCGCAGACGCUGCCUGACGGCGUGACCGAAGAGGACGUGACCAACUUCACCUCCAUCUACCGCGAACACUGCGAGGUGCUGCUCGAUGCCGUCACCACGCUCCAGUUCAGCUCGGUCGAGAUCAUCUGGCAACAAUUCUGGCGCUCGGCCAACAACAGCGAGGACAUGCUAGACGAGGACGAUCCGGAGAAGGUCAUGCCCAAGCGUGUGUUGCACCAGCUCUGCGACUGGCCGCCCGUGCAGGACUACGUCAAGACCAUGGACUACCUCUUCUACCAGAAUCUGGUGGAGGUGCUCAUCCCGGACGUGCUCCGAGCCAUUCCGAGCACGCUUACGCAGGCCAUCCGCAACUUCGCCAAGACACUGGAGGGCUGGCUGCGCUCGGCCACCGAGAGCACGCCGGCCGGCAUGGUCCUGGUCAAGCUGGGUGCCGUGUCGGCGUUCGCGCAGACUCUACGCCGCUACACGUCGCUCAACCACCUGGCGCAGGCGGCGCGCGCGGUCCUGCUGAACUCGGGCCAGAUCAGUCAGAUGCUCUCCGACCUGAACCGGGUCGACUUCGUCAACGUGCAGGAGCAGGCGUCGUGGGUGUGUCAGUGCGACGACGGCCUGGUGCAGCGGCUUGAGGCCGACUUCAAGGUGACGCUGCAGCAGCAGAACUCGCUGGAGCAGUGGGCCUCCUGGUUGGAGGAGGUGGUCAACACCGUACUCAAGCCGUUCGAGGGCAAGCCCGAGUUCCCCAAGGCCGCCCGGCAGUUCCUACUCAAGUGGUCGUUCUAUAGCUCGAUGGUGAUCCGCGACCUGACGCUGCGGAGCGCCGCCUCGUUCGGGUCGUUCCACCUGAUCCGGCUGCUAUACGACGAGUACAUGUUUUACCUGAUCGAGAACCGGGUGGCGCGCGCCACCGGCGAGAUGCCCAUAGCCGUCAUGGGCGACAGAAGCCAGCACCAGCACCAGCACCACCAGCAGCAGGCGCUGGCGGCCGCUGCCAGAGAGAGUGCGUUCGACAAUCCGUCCGAUCUCCUCAUGUCCAACGGGCCCCUGCUGGACCCUCUCUCCAUGGAGCGCGGAGACGGCGACAUCAAGCGGAUGCGACGAGAGUGACAGCUUCAGGGCUUCGCCGCUAGAUGUGUGGUCCGCGCCGGCCCGUGCCUGGCGCCUGUUACUCCGAUCCUCCCUGCUGCUCAACCGGGCGGUUCGUCUCAACUGCGUGCGGCUAGAAGCCACCGGCCCUCGUGCUGGCCAAAGAUACUGUGGCCUUAUUCGGCGGACACCGCGUCCGUCGCACAUUCCCGAUCAGUAGCGCACCCGGCACCGCGGCAACAUUCCGGCGCAACAGUAUUGGCGGCGCUGUUGACGGCGUUUGUUCGAGCGCGUUCUUUUUGACCUGGCGGACCCUCCUCCGCAGACUCUACUGUGUACCUUGGCGUUUGGCUGGAACCGUGGUUGGCGCCGAGGGGUCGUUGGGCGGUUGGACACUGGGACUGCGCUCUGCCGCCCUCCUACCCCGGUGAGGGCGCCACGCGCCCCAACUCAGCACGCUGUCGCCGACUGGGCGGCUCGGGCUCCGCCACCAGCGGGCGGCGCGUUGAUGUGCGUGUAUUUGGAUGUGUUUAAUUCUGUAUGGGGCGGGUGGUCGGGCGCCGGCCGUUGCGGGCAGCGGCGCUCGCCUUGUGCCAUCUCACACCACGUACGCGUGUGCGUUUCUAGUCAACGGGGGCGGGGGCCCGCCGGCUGCCUAGCGCCCCGACCCGGGCCAGUCCGCUGGCAUUCACAAUCAUCACGGUACUCGGAUGUACCGGCUCGUCCCCGUGUGCCGCCAACUCCCCUCUUGGAAUGCUGUUUGGAAAACCCAGCUUAAGUCGGAAACAAUGCAAUAGACCGCCCACUGGCUGCCGCGUCCAUGUUUGCUGCCCUCGAGGGCCCUCAUCCCGCCGUGUCCCACAGGCGGCCCAGACCGUCCUCCGGCCUCGCCUCGGCCCGGCCCUGGCCCGGCGCCCGCCCAUUUCUAUGUUGCUUUGGUGUCCUUGCCGUGGUUGUUGCCCGUCCCCGCCAUGAGCACCCACCAGCGUUUGCAGUGUGGAGCCACGCGCUGGCCCGAUCUCAUCGCGCGCCGCUGUGUAUGUGGGUGUGUGCGUGUGUGUGUGUGUAGGCUGCGCCCGUGCAGUCCCCGGCCAGCCGGCCGGCGGCGGCGGCGCGCCAGUCCAGCUUCGGACAACGCUGCCGCCGAGCGAGACUAGUUUCUGCCAAUAAAGCCGCGCGCCGA